UGAGGCCCCCUGCCUUCCCUGGGCGUGGUACGGUCCGGCGGUGCGCCGAGCAAAGCCUUCCGGCAGGGAGAGACGUCGCUGCGCUUGUGGGCCGGUCCAGUCCGGAGAGAGCGGCGGGAUGGCGCUGCCGGGUGGAAAUAAGGAUAAUAUCAGAGCUGGAUGCAAGAAAUGUGGCUACCCUGGUCAUCUGACAUUUGAAUGUCGAAACUUCCUCCGAGUAGAUCCUCAAAGAGAUAUUGUUUUAGACGUUAGCAGCACUAGCAGUGAGGACAGCGAGGAAGAGGAACUACAGAGAUUACAAGCCAUGCGUGAAAAAAAGAAUCUAAAUGAAGAGGACGAAAAAAAGAAACAAAAAAGAAAAAGCAAAGAGAAAGCAAAAUUAAAAAGAUCAAGGAAAAGAUCUUCCUCAUCGAGUUCAGCAGAAGAGGAUGAGCCAAAGUCAAAAAAACAAAAAUCACACAAAAAAGAAAAGGAAAAGGGGAAAAAGCAUAAAUCAAAGAAAGGAAAGCAUCAUAAAAAGGAGAAAAAGAAGAGACGAAAGGAAAAAAGUUCAUCUUCUAACAGUUCAGACAGUUCGAGUAGUGACUGACUUGGUGAUCUAUUUUUGCUUUCGCUUCUGCAGAGAUUAUUUUCCUUUCAUAAAAAGUUUAUUUAUGCUUUGCAAUGCUGUUUUAAAAUGGGAUAUAUUUUUUUUGAGAAAUCUAUUAGCAUACAUCAGUGCAUCAAAUUAUUAGAUGGACCAUUUUAUGAAAAAAUCUGCUUUUCUAUUUCAGGUUUAUUAAUACUAAACCAUGCAACUACUUCUUCACUCUUAUUUUUGAUUCAGUUGUGAUUGUGUUUGAAGUCCUUUACAAUAGGAUGUGGUAAAUUUCAGUUCACAAGCCUUUGUGUAGAAAGAUAUGGACUUAAAUAUGCUUAAUGUCAGAAUGGUUACAUCAAAUUUGAAAAUUCAAGUGAGAUUUUCCAUUACCCUUUAAAUAUAUGUCUGUUUUACGCAACACUUUCUGCUUACAUACAUUAAUCAGUAAGUGCAAAUAUGAAUCAGUGUUCAGGUCCUGAGAGGGGAAGAAUGAGCAAUGAGAAGCUAGAAAAAAUGAUCUUCUAAAAUUGAUCUAGUCAUAGACUGUGAAAGAUAAUUACACAUUCUUUUGGCAGGAUCACUACAAGCAAGCUGAAAAUAAACAGAAGCAAAGAAAAGCUAUCAAUUUUUGAAGUCCUUUUCCCUUGGGUUUUGUUCUUUUACAAAAUGUUAUGGCUAUUUCAUCUUUGACAUUUAUGUAAAGGUUUGGAUCUCAAAACAGGACUUCUAGUAUUAAACUUCAACUAUUUCUUCAUUCAUGUAAAUUGUUAUUAGCUUCACUUUGCGUGAAUCAGACUUUUGAAGGAUAACCCUGGCAUAACUCCUGCUGUUGUACAGGCCCCGAGUAGUGCUUGCAUCCCUGCUACUCUACAACCUCCCAAGCUCUUGCAGUACAAAGGUGAUGCCAUUCCCUGUCAGCCUAUCUCAGAUACAGAAUGAAAUGCCUAUUUCUAGAAAGAAAGACAAGAAUAAAGCAUGUGAGUAGUAUGUGGGGUGGGCAUGCCAAAUGCAUAGAGUAGUGACAAUAGGCACAGGAAACAAAAGCAGAUACUUGGUGUUUCCUUCAGUGAUCUUUCCCAGGUAGUGGAAGAAAAAUGUGCACAUUGGCAAUUGAGCUGCUAAGCUGGGAAACAAACUGUGCUGUAAAAUGCACCAAGGCCUGGAACAGCUGAAAUGAAACUGAAUGAAGCUCUUGUUUCAUAAAUAGCCAAAGGAAAUACACAUUCACAGCACAAAAAUUACAGCUUCAACAUUCUCUGCAACUUGUGAGACUCCAAGGAAAACCUUUCAGUCUCUUUCACAGUUUAGAGUACAUACAUUUCUUCAAUGUACCUGGAAUAAUUGAAAGCUCCUUUCAACGCAAAAAAUUUUGUAUAACAGGUAUUACCCUAUUUGGAAUACAUAUCAGAUGAGGACAGUUGAACAACAAUUCAAGAAUACUUUUCUCUUUAAAUUCUGUCAAAAUUACACUUCCAUGCUUAGUAGUUUUCAUGGUCUUUAGAGGUAUUUUAACAAUAUACUUGCCAUCUUUAUAAACUUCUCAAGUAUUUUACCUGCUACUUGCAACAUUCUGCAGUGUGAGGAAGGCGGUUUGUACAUCACUGAUUGCAAUUUAAUAUUAGUUUCCUGUGUUGAUGCCAUUUGGGUUUUGCCUUUUUUUUCCCUUUAUAUGUUCUUUGUAUUCUUCACACAUAUUUUGUAAGUCAGUCACCUUUUGUGUUAGUAGCUAGUUUUCCCAGUAGUUCUCCAUGGCCUUUCCCUAAGAAGAGAGAUAAAACAAAUUCCAGAACUCCAAGCCCUGGGAGGGGUACUAUCUGGUUCUUCCUGUGAACCAAGGCUGAGAACAACUCUUUGAGAUACAUUCUCAUGGACAAAGUAAAAGUAGUGCUGAAGGGGGGCUCUCGAGAGAAGGGGCUUGACCUGGGGGGCAUUGCAUCAUCACUUGUCCUCCUAAUCGGUGCUUUUAAUCACUUAUGCUAAUUUCCUAAAACCUAUAAAAAUGUAUUCACCCCUGGGGGGGUGGGGUGGGCUUUUGUGGACAUCUUUCCAUAACUGCUCCUGAAGGCCUUCAAAUAAAGAUCCCCGUUUAUAUUACCUCCUUAACUAAAAUCAUCUCAAGUUUAAUUUCCAGGUUGGGCAAAAAGGCAACGGUGUUACCACUACAAGCUCUACCACCAUUGAAAUUUGUAUAAAUAUUACUUUAAAGGUUUUGUCAUUUGUUAGUGUCAACUUGUGUUGUUUACAGGACUCCUUCCUGUGUAUUUCCUGCAAUUUAGUCAGAUACUUCCUCUGUUGUAUUCUCUUCAAUGGCAUGUGUUGGUUCUUGUGCACUCUGCAAGGGAGCAUAAAUGAUGGCCAAACAAAAGUCUUAGCCGUAGGUAUCCAAGUGGUAGAACAAAAAUAAAAAUAAAUUCUUUGUGAUGCAGUAUUAUUAUGCAGCUUUAUAACUGGAAGGUUUUGGCUUUUUUUUCCUUCAAAAAUAAGUCAUAGUGAAGAACCAUAGCUCAGAAUUGCAAAAAGGUAAUUAGAGGUAAAAAGAAUUGCAGCAUCCAGCUGUGAACUCGGAAUGGACUAAGUAACAUUUACAGGCUUGUUCUUUAAGGACAUGAAAGCUGCUGAGAUAAUGCAUAUUGAACUCUGUAUUUAGUCAGUGCUUUUGUAGUUGACAACAGGAAAGAAUGUCAUAGAUGCAGGCCCCUCUGAAAAGUAUGAUGAGUAAUGAAUCUGACAUGGUGCUUGUUAUCUGUUUCAUGUAACAAUCAGUUCUAGGAACUCCUGGGAUGUAUUUUUAGAAGAUCAUCUUUCGCAAUUCCUCACAUCAUCUCUCCCCAGUUAAAAAAGGACACAAUCUCUGUAUGCAAAACAGAAUGUCACACAUGCCAAACUUUUUCACUCAACUGAUGAUUCAGUGCUCUGAAGUCUCCACAGCAGAGCCAGUGUUGAAGCUGCUAAAAGGUUUUACUGACAUUGCCAUGUCUUGGGCAGCCAACCUAUCUUACCUUGUGAAAAUCACCACACAUCAGACUCUCUUGGGCAAACACACACUUGAUGCUCUUACUAUAAUUCCUCUGCCCCACGGCAGUAGUACCUGAGAAAGGCAUUUACAGAAAUUCUAAGAUGCAAAUCACAGUAAGUAAUAAUAAGGGUGAAUAGAGAAAAAUAUGUCAAAAAUGGUUCUGUAGUAAAAAUGCUAGCACAUUUAUACUGUUCACAAGAAAUUCUAAUAUUACAGUCUAUGAAGAUGAAUUGAGGUAAUAAAGAAGAACACAAAAUGAGGUGGUGGUAGUAGAAAACAAAAAAGGUACAAGAAUAAAGAAACCAAAGAGAUUAGGGGGAAAAAAAAAGGAAAAAAUAUUUGAGAAAGAAGACCAGAAGCACAGGUGUGUCUAGAAAAGCAACGUUUUAGUUUAAAUAAUAGCAAUAAAGGAGAGAAGUCUGAAGAAGGCUGUUUAGUAGAGUUCAUUUAAACUUCAGCAAGAUGUACUCAAGAUGUGGUUUAGUUUUCUAUGUUAGCUAAUUAUUUGUUCCACUGAGAAAGUGUACUGUGAAGGAGUGAUUAAUCUUUUUUUUUUCUGUAUUGUAUGUUUUCCUGAGGCUUUAAUCUAGUGUAAUAGUUUAUAAAAUAUCCUGGCAGAAUUUUGACCAUCAGAGAAUUUUAACAAAGAAUAAAGUUGACCUGUAAGAAA